UUUUACUCUAGUCGCUCCCGACCAAACCCAAAGCCCCGUGUUCCCCAUCUCUCCUCCCAGAACCUCGUCUUCCUCCUCCUCGCCGCCGCCGCCGCCGCCGCCGCCGAGGAUGGCGGCGAAGCAGCCGUUGUCGGACGUGGAGGACGGGCUCCUCGCCCACCUCAACGCGAACGCCGAGAUCCCCGACUCCCGCUCCUUCGCCUCUUCCCUCGGCGUCCCGCACAAGGAUGUGGAGGACGUCAUCAAGAGGCUCACCGCCUUCCGCAUCGUCGAGAGUGCGGACAUCACCAAGGAGACGUGGGUGCUCACCGAUGAGGCCAAGGGGUAUGCCGCGAGGGGCUCCCCCGAGGUGCAGCUCGUCGCGGCCAUCCCGCCCGAGGGUGCCUCCAAGGGCGCGCUCAAGGAGAGAUUGGGGGACGUGUUCGAUAUUGGAAUGAAGGCUGCAGCCAAGAACAAGUGGAUUGGAUUUGAGAAGGGAAACAAAGACCUCGUACUGAGAAAGGUUGAGGAUACCAGGGAUGAAUUGCAAGAGCAGCUUAGAAGACUGGAGAAUGGGGAGGUUAUUGCUGACAAAGUAAUAGAUGAUUUGAAGAGAAGAAAGCUUGUAACAAAAGAGAAAUCUAUUUGGUAUUCACUGAAGAAGGGGCCUGAAUUUGUUGCAAAGAGAAAAACAUUGGCAACCGAUGUGACACGAGAACAUCUCAAGAGUGGCGACUGGAAGGAUCUGGAAUUUAAAGAUUAUAACUAUGGAGCUCAAGGACAACCUAUUGCGAUAGGAUAUAGCCAACCGUUGUUAGAGGUCCGUGAGGCAAUCCAGAACAUUUUUCUCGAGAUGGGGUUCAGUGAGAUGCCAACGAACAUGUAUGUAGAGAGCAGCUUCUGGAAUUUCGAUGCACUGUUCCAGCCACAACAGCAUCCUGCUCGUGAUUCACACGAUACCUUUUUCCUCAAAGCCCCUGCCACAACAACACAACUACCCGAUGACUAUCUUGAGAAAGUAAAGCAAGUACAUCAGUCUGGUGGUCAUGGUUCCAAAGGAUAUGGUUACGAUUGGAAGCGAGAUGAAGCAGAGAAAAACCUGCUUCGUACUCACACAACUGCAGUUUCAACAAGGAUGCUAUACAAGCUAGCACAGGAGAAAACUUUUGCUCCUAAGAGAUACUAUUCUAUUGAUCGUGUUUUCCGGAAUGAAGCUGUGGACCGAACUCAUCUUGCAGAAUUCCACCAGAUAGAAGGUCUUAUUUGUGAUUAUGGUUUGACGCUUGGUGAUCUGAUAGGUGUAUUGGAAGAUUUCUUCUCCAGACUAGGCAUGUCAAAGCUGCGUUUCAAACCUGCCUACAACCCGUACACUGAACCAAGCAUGGAAAUUUUCAGCUACCACGAUGGUCUGAAGAAAUGGGUGGAGAUAGGCAACUCAGGCAUGUUCAGGCCUGAAAUGUUACUUCCCAUGGGACUGCCAGAGGGCGUUAAUGUUAUCGCAUGGGGUCUUUCACUUGAAAGGCCAACAAUGAUUCUGUAUGGGAUUGACAACAUACGUGAUCUCUUUGGGCCAAAGGUCGACUUCAACCUGAUCAAGAGCAGCCCGAUUUGCCGCUUGGGGCUGUAGUGAGCUUUUUUUUAAUGUAGUGAGGUUGAUAGAACUUUGUCUGGAUGUCUGGAUGGGAAGGAUGUUUAUUUGUGGUUAUACCUUUGAAAACUAGUACUUGUGCAUUUAACAGAGGGAGUGCAGAAAUACACACAUGUUGUAGCUCUGAAUAGCAAUUUCGAGGUGUUCAUGUUCGAUGCAAGUAGGGUCUUCCAUUUC